ACAUCUUCUAAACAGCUUGAGAACAAGGUUCUGUUUGCGCAACUGCAGGACUGCAUCAUAUCCUGUCUGUCAGAACUGUGACAAGGACAGUUAAAGUUUGGAGCUGCCAUCUCUACUAACCGUGCUGUCUGGGGGAUCAAAACUCCCUGCUAUGGAGGCAGUAGGUAAGUAUGACUUCACUGCCACUGCUGAGGACGAGCUGAGCUUCAGGAAGGGAGACAACAUGAAGAUCUUGGGCAUCAAUGAUGACUGGUUGAUGGCUGAGCGACAUGGAAAGAAAGGAUUCAUACCACGUAACUACAUCGACAUUCACCUACCCAGUUGGUACCAGGAGAGUGCUAGUCGAGGUGAGGCCCAGGAGUCUCUCAUGACCCAGCCUAUAGGAUCCUUUCUGAUCAGGGGCAGCCAGAGCUCCCCAGGAGAUUUCUCCAUAUCCGUUAGACACGAGGCAGACGUGCAGCACUUCAAGGUGCUGGCAGACACCAGAGGGCAGUAUUACCUCUGGUCUGAGAAGUUUAGCUCCUUCAACGAGCUGGUGAACUAUUACAUGAACAACUCUGUCUCUAAACACAGCCGCAUUUAUCUGCUGGACACAGAAACACAGAAGGGAUUUGGCCAGACCAGGACAUCAGCCCCAUCCUCUCAGCCCCAGCCUCACCUGCCCCUGCCCAGCAUACCCCAGCCUCACCUGCCCCUGCCCAGCAUACCCCAUCCUCACCAUCUCCUGCCCCGUGUACCCCAGCCUCACCUGCCCCUGCCCAGCAUACCCCAGCCUCACCUGCCCCUGCCCAGCAUACCCCAGCCUCACCUGCCCCUGCCCAGCAUACCCCAGCCUCACCAUCUCCUGCCCUGUACCCCAGCC